CCGGGAGGGGCGGCGGACGUCUGCAGACGGGCUCUAGGGCCCGGCGGCCGGGCGCCACGGCGGGGUGGAGUGUAGGGUUACAGUGACGAGCCCGGGCGACCCUCCCCGGCCCGCGAGCGGGGAGAGGGGAGCGCGGACGGCGGCGGGAGCGCGCGGGAAGCUCUAAGACCAAGCAGCGCUCGUCGGUUUUGGGGCUGGAGGUGAAGCCCUGUGUGAAUGGGGUUGAUUGUCUGGCGCCACUUCCCCGCGCUGCCCCAGGCCAUGUCCAGCGCGCUGCCCUGCGGCAGCCUUCCCCAACCCCGGGACUGAACUAGCCAUGAUCGCCUCAUGUGGAGGACAAAGUUGCGCCGGGGAACCUGUGAGCCUGCGGUGAAAGGCCCCCCUCCUGCUUGUUAUAGCCCCGGUAGUCUUGUCCAGAUUCUAGAAGACUCCAACUACUUUUCCCCAGACUUUCAGCUCUAUUCUGGGAGGCAUGAAACACCUGCUUUGACGGUGGAGGUAACCAGUAGCAUCAAGGAAAAAGUUGUUGAAGAUCCUCUUUGUAACUUCCACUCCCCAAAUUUCCUGAGGAUCUCAGAGGUGGAAAUGAGAGGUUCCGAGGAUGCGGCAGCUGGAACAGUAUUGCAGCGGCUGAUCCAGGAACAACUGCGGUAUGGCACCCCGACUGAGAACAUGAACUUGCUGGCCAUUCAGCACCAGGCCACAGGGAGUGCAGGACCAGCCCACCCUACAAACAACUUUUCUUCCACGGAAAACCUCACCCAGGAAGACCCACAAAUGGUCUACCAGUCGGCACGCCAAGAACCGCAGGGUCAAGAACACCAGGUGGACAAUACGGUGAUGGAGAAACAGGUCCGGUCCACGCAGCCUCAGCAGAACAAUGAGGAACUGCCCACUUACGAAGAGGCCAAAGCGCAGUCACAAUUCUUCAGGGGGCAGCAGCAGCAGCAGCAACAGCAGCAGGGGGCAGUGGGCCAUGGUUACUACAUGGCAGGGGGCACCAGUCAGAAGUCCCGAACUGAGGGGAGGCCCACUGUGAACCGUGCCAACAGUGGACAGGCGCAUAAGGAUGAGGCGCUGAAGGAACUGAAGCAGGGCCACGUCCGCUCACUCAGCGAGAGAAUCAUGCAGCUGUCCCUGGAGAGGAAUGGGGCCAAGCAACACCUUCCUGGCUCAGGGAAUGGAAAGGGUUUCAAAGCAGGAGGGGGGCCUUCCCCUGCCCAGCCUGCAGGUAAAGUGCUUGACCCUCGGGGUCCUCCACCUGAGUACCCCUUCAAGACCAAGCAAAUGAUGUCCCCGGUCAGCAAGACCCAGGAGCACGGGCUUUUCUAUGGUGACCAGCACCCUGGGAUGCUCCAUGAGAUGGUCAAGCCCUACCCUCCUCCUCAGCCUGUGAGAACAGACGUGGCCGUCCUGCGGUACCAGCCACCCCCUGAGUAUGGGGUAACAAGCCGCCCAUGCCAAUUUCCGUUCCCGUCAACCAUGCAGCAGCACAGCCCUAUGUCCUCCCAGACCUCCUCCGUCAGCGGGCCACUGCACUCCGUCUCCCUGCCACUUCCACCCCCGAUGGCCCUGGGUGCUCCACAGCCCCCGCCUGCCGCCUCCCCCAGCCAACAGCUUGGCCCAGAUGCCUUUGCAAUUGUGGAGCGAGCCCAGCAAAUGGUGGAGAUAUUGACAGAGGAGAACCGGGUGCUUCACCAGGAACUUCAGGGUUACUACGACAAUGCUGACAAGCUCCACAAGUUUGAAAAAGAACUUCAGAGAAUUUCGGAAGCCUAUGAAAGUCUGGUCAAGUCUACCACCAAGCGAGAGUCACUGGACAAGGCGAUGAGAAACAAAUUGGAAGGCGAGAUUAGAAGACUUCAUGAUUUCAACAGAGACCUCCGAGAUCGACUGGAGACUGCCAACAGGCAACUAUCCAGCAGGGAAUACGAAGGGCAUGAAGACAAAGCUGCAGAGGGGCAUUAUGCUUCCCAGAACAAAGAAUUCUUGCAGGAAAAGGAGAAAUUACAAAUGGAAUUAGCAGCAGUGCGGACUGCAAGUGAGGACCAUCGGAGACACAUUGAGAUCCUGGACCAGGCUUUGAGCAAUGCCCAGGCCAGAGUCAUCAAGCUGGAAGAGGAGUUACGAGAGAAGCAAGCAUAUGUUGAAAAAGUUGAGAAGCUGCAGCAGGCCCUGACCCAGCUGCAGUCUGCAUGUGAGAAGCGAGAGCAGAUGGAGCGGAGACUGCGGACUUGGUUGGAGAGAGAGCUGGACGCGCUGAGAACCCAGCAGAAACAUGGAAAUGGCCAGCCAGCCAACAUGCCAGAAUACAAUGCCCCAGCCCUCCUGGAACUUGUGCGGGAGAAGGAGGAGCGGAUCCUGGCCUUGGAGGCCGACAUGACGAAGUGGGAACAGAAGUACUUGGAGGAGAGCACCAUCCGACACUUUGCCAUGAAUGCUGCAGCCACUGCAGCAGCUGAGAGGGACACUACGAUUAUCAACCACUCACGGAAUGGCAGCUACGGAGAGAGCUCGCUGGAGGCCCACAUCUGGCAGGAGGAGGAGGAGGUGGUGCAGGCCAACAGAAGGUGUCAGGACAUGGAAUACACUAUUAAAAAUCUCCAUGCCAAAAUCAUAGAGAAGGAUGCUAUGAUUAAGGUCUUGCAGCAGCGAUCUCGUAAAGAUGCUGGGAAGACAGACUCCUCCAGCCUACGUCCUGCCCGCUCCGUUCCAUCCAUAGCCGCGGCUACUGGGACACACUCUCGCCAGACCUCUCUUACCAGCAGCCAGCUGGCUGAGGAGAAGAAGGAAGAGAAGACCUGGAAGGGGAGCAUAGGAUUACUGCUGGGGAAGGAGCACUAUGAACAUGCCUCCGCCCCGCUGCCGCCACCCCCGCCCACCUCAGCACUGUCCCCCACAGCCUCCACCACGGCAGCCAGCAGUGCCCACGCCAAGACAGGCAGCAAGGACAGCAGCACACAGACCGACAAGAGUGCUGAGCUCUUCUGGCCCAACAUGGCUUCCCUUCCCAGCCGCGGCCGGCUGAGCACGACCCCUGCUCACAGCCCCGUCCUGAAACACCCAGCGGCCAAAGCGACCGCAGAGAAACUGGAGAACUCUCCUGGCCACGGGAAGUUGCCUGACCACAGAGGCCGGGUCAGCAGCUUGCUGCACAAGCCCGAGUUCCCUGACGGAGAGAUGAUGGAAGUCCUCAUCUAACUGCCAUCCCUGUGGAAUUUCAGAACGGAACAUUGACAAACAAGGAAAGUGGCAGAGAAAGAAGAAAGAUCUAGAAGGUCCUAGAUGGGAAAUCAGGAAUGAUUUCAACUGAUAAAGAUUUCAGACUCAGAAGAACACAUUUUAUAAAUGUUAAACACAAAAACAGGAGACCUACGUGACUGAAGAUAGAAGAGAACACAGUGGAUUUUAUUGGACAUGGUGGAAGAGAGAAGAGGCAUGUAGGUUUGCAAACAAAGUUAAGAAAUAGGAAAUGGAAUUUUUCAUUGUACAGAAAAUACAUCUCUUGGGGAGGGCCUGUGUACCCCUAUUAUCUGAUUAUAAACAGAUAAACCCAAAUGUGGAUCCUCCUUGGAAUACCCCCAUUCUCCUUGCCUCUUAGCAUGUUUGGUUUAAGAAGAGCCUCCAAGCAAUUUUGAGGGCCUGUCUUGGCAUAAUGCAGUGUCACCUGUGCCAACCAUGGAGUGUCCCUUGUGUGUGAGUGUGGCAGUGAGAAGAAGCCUGGAGGGCGAGGGGGAUUUGAAAGGUGGUCUUCACCUAAUUACCUGUUUGUUUUGGAUUUUCAAGAGAUUAUUGGGGAUUCUUAGCUUUUCUGAAUUCUGCAGUAUUUUCUAAGCAGGAUGGUUUAUGGUCUCGGUCCUCAUCCAUCCUGACUUCUGAGUUCAGCUCUGUCUCUGCUUUUCGGUCUUUAAUUUUAUUUUUUGUUGUUCCUUUAUUUUUUUUUUCUUUUUAAUAAGAUAGCAUAAUUCCUUAGGUAUGGGAUUUAUGAAAGCAGUACUUGUCAUCAUUCCUGCUGUGUUUGAUAGUGACCAGCAGGACAAAGCCACGUGCCAAUUUCUUGGCUACUUCACAUUUGUGCAGCUGGGUUGCAGCUUUGAACCUCAUUCAGACUGUGAACUAAGCAAGCUCUGAGGAAGCAGGAGAUUCCAUGGGUCCCUGUGACAUCUUGCAUUAAGAUCAUGGCACUUGCUUCUUUGUCUCUCACAUUGGCUCUCUUGCAAGGAGCUUGACAUUUCCAAACUCCAUUGCUCUGAUGGAGAAGACUUAGGACAGCACUCCAGGAAACAGAUGACAGUUUACAGUUGUCUCAGUGGUUUUCAGAAUUUCACCAGGCUCCCGUAUACCUUCUUGUAUUGCAACUCAUGAGUGUAUUCACACUCUUUCCUCCCCUGUGCACACCUCUGCUUGCUCUUGAUUAGCAGCCAGACCUCCAAUGGCGGCACCAGGUUGUCUCUGUUGUGAACUUGUUUUGUAACCUACCAGGCCAUAGUAUUUACAGUGUGGUCAGGUUUUUCAGGAUUUCAGUUUUGAGGCAGUUAUUCAAAAUGAGACAGAAGUGCCAUGGAAAGAGCCAGGAGUGUGUUAGGUGGUGGGUCCUAUACCUCUGCUGUGACAUUCAAUGUUCAGCUCUUCAGACGAUGGCUUCCUUUACAAAUCUAGGAGGUGCUGGAUUAGAAAAGAGAAACUCAUCAGGCCAUCAGAGAGAUGCUCCUACAGGGUCCUGAUGUUUCUGUCCCUCCAGGUCAUCUUGGAUCAGUGUUUUCCCAGUUCCAUUUCCUCAUGCUUGCUUCGAGGAAGAAAAAAAGGGGGUUCCUUUUCCAAGUACCUUCUAAAUGAAACACUCAAGACAGUGCUACUCAGGGAACUUUUCUUGGGUAGCUUAUUUUAGGACUGGUCCUGGGUGUGUAACCUUGGUGAAGUUAUAGCCUCCCCAAAUUCAGGUGAUAGAAGACAAGAGUUAUAGACUGGAGAGAGGAGGAAACAAAUCAGUGGCUUUGGCCAGCCCCUGUGCCACCCAGUAUGACAGAGGAGUGGGAACCAGCCCUCUGGAGCUCUGCUUUGCCCUAGGCACUGCAUGUUGUGCCACCUGCUCAUCACCUCCUCUAGUCUCACAUCGAGCAUUGGAGUACACAUUGUGCAGACAGAGGAAACUGAGGAGCUCUGAGAGGCUAAGCAUUGAGCUCGCCCCAUGCCCUAGGGUGUGGGAAGAGGGCACAGGAAGCCUCAUCCCUGGGGGAAAGAGUUGAGGAUGGACAUGGGUGGGGAGAAGGCAGAGAGAUCCCAUCCUAAUCUCUGUUCCCACCACGUUUCAUAGGGAAUGAGAUUAGGACAUGGCAGCUAACUCUCUUAAGGACAUUCUGAUCCCAGUUUAUGUUGGUCCAUCCCCAACAUAACCUGGGGUCAGAAUGUCCUUAGGUCUGGGCCACCCCAAGCUUGGGCUGCCUCCCUUAGAUGUAAGUUAGAGUGAGAGACCCAGCUGUUUCUCCCAAAGCCUGGUCUUCAUGCCCCAGACGCCUCAUUGCCCCAAUCAGGUAUAAGACUCACUUACUCUUUGAGGUCCCCCUGAACUGCCAAGUGUUUUAAUUGUCAUAAUACAAACGAACACACUGCCAUGUUUCAGGGUUUCAAGUGUGUUGUACUGUGGACCUUGACAAUAUUUUUUUUCUCUUACCCCACCAAGACUCUUCCUGAAGAACAAGAUCUAUAGCUUUAAGAUGCCUUCUUCUAUGGGAAAUUUCCUUCCAAGCCAGGGCACUAAAUACUUUCAUCGUCAUAGCUUUCCUGAAGUCUGGCCAUAUACUGAGCACCUGCUCUGAGUUCUGGGCAACUUACAGUAUCUUAAACAGAUUUUCAGAAAAAAUAAUACUAGCUGUAUUUUCUAGUGCCAACUGUAUGCCAACAGUUUAGUAAGUACCUUUUAAUUAGUCCUCAACCCACCUGCAGUACAUGGGCUGAACUUAUUAUUCUGAUUUCACUGAUGAAGAAAUGGGCUCAGAAAGGUUAAGUCCCUUCCUGAAAUCUCACAGCCAGGAGAAGCUAAGAUUAUUUAAAACAAAGUUUGGAGAGGCGCUGGGCUCUGCAUCCUCUAACAUGUGGCACUGCAUCUUGGCAGUCUCUGUCUCCGUCUGUGAUGUGUGUGCACAUGUGUACCCCCCCCCCACACACACAGCUAUCACACAUCUCAGAGCCUAAGAAAUAGGACUAAGCCCAGAACUAGUAGAAUUGCCUGUAAAUGCUAGGCACAGAUGGAAAUUAUUGUGUUCCCCCAAAAGCACAGCUGCAAACUAUACUUACAGAAUACUUCUGCACUUCCCAGAGACCUGGACUUCAAACUUGCCCAGUGGCGCCUGAUUAUAGAACUUGAGUGUCCUGUCUCAGGGUAAAGGGGAGAGGCUCUGGCUUCAUGAGAAGAUAUGCCAGCAUUGUUCUGCUUCACGGUAGACUGUGCAGUCUGUCAGUUUCUGUGUGCUGCUAGGAUAUUACAUGAAUUUGAGAAGUUGGAGUCAGGUCUCUGACGCUAGAGUUUCACUAAGUAGGUGGUUCUGUACAUAAGAACUGUUACUGUCUGCAGGUCCCUGUAGCUAAGCUGCCAGGAAAAACACAUUGUUUUCCAAAACUUUCAGAGCAUGUGCAGAACACUUUCUUAGCGUUUUCCUCUCUCAGCGUUUUCUCUGCUUUCCAGAAGCUGGCAGCCAAUGGUAAUAUGGAGUUCAGCAUAUCCUAACCAUGCACACAGGGCAGGGCUGCCUUGGCUCCCCUCAGGCUUUGGUUGGGAGACCAGGCAGUGGUGGAGCUCUUCUGGGUAAAGUCUUCUGGAGUUGCUUUUUGGAACUCAUGUAUGAGUUUGACUCCACAAGGCUUGGCAUGGAUACCGAAACAGUUGCACCAAAUUAGUUCUGAAUGUGGAACAGAGAAUUCAGUGUGUCUGUUACUCAGGAAGGAGGUGCUCAGAAUGUCCCGUGCAGAGCAGCCAGUCAUUACUCCUGUUUGUUCUCACCUGGGUGUGCAUCCUCAUGUGGCAGUGGCUGUAGCACCUUCAUGCCAGAUGCUGAUAGAGUGGGAAAUGCUCCCCACCAGCCUGAGUCCCAGAGACUUAGGGAAACAGACUUCAGGUGGGGCUGUGGACCUGGAAAGCAGUGGAUAAUAGAUUGGGGCAUUAAAAGCUUUUGAGGCAGGGGGCUCACGCUUAGACUGCAGGGAGUUUUGCUGAGCAAAUAGAUGUGUUUUUCAAAACCAGAGUAUUGCCCCAUGUCCACACUGGAGUUAAGUGGACAUGCUUCUCUGUGUUCUCUGAAUGAUCUUGCACUCCUCUUAAGCAAAGGAGUCCCAUGGCCAUAGUCAGUGAGAUCUCACAAAUGUUCUUAAAUGAAUAAGGCUUUAAAUAGUCACAGAGUAUCCAGCCUACCAUUAACUUCUCCACAUCCUAAAACCUGAGGCAGCCAUGGUACAUGCUUUAUAAAUGAUUCGUUUCUUUUUUGUUGUUGUUUAAGUAAUUAAAGUGUUUAAAAUGUCUUCAUUAGAUGUGACGAUUGUUUAAUGGGUUUGCCUCUGACAUGUGGCUCCAUGGGAGAUGGGCAAAGUAAUUAAGAAGUUGCCAGAAGUUGGUCAGCUAAGGGAAUGCAAAAGUUAGCAUUUCAGUAAGUGAAUUUCUCCUGGAACAAACAAGCAAUUUUUCUUUCUUUUAAGUAAUAUACCCUUUUCUCACUUAGUAAUUUAAUGGUAUUUAAAGACAUGUGUAUAAGUGAGUGUAUACAUAUGAGGUAUGACUCUAGGGUUGUUUGUGGGAAUUUCUUCUCUUAACAUACAGAAGAUCAAAGUGUUUCAUCUCACCCCACCCUCCGUAAACAGUGUCUUUUGGGAGACUAUGUGUGGAUUGGCUCUAGUGUUGCCAAGUCAAAAAUAUCUUGGGAACUCCUCUAUUAGAAUGGCCUUCAGGGCUUGGCAUGUUCCUUUGGUUUCCCCUUAGAGAUGAGAAAUCUUCCUCCUUUGAGGAUGGAUUUCAGUUCUGGAAAUAAUCUCAAGUACUUUAUAGCACAGUCGGACGAAUAAAGAUGGCAAUUAAGGUAAGUCCGACCAUUUUUGUUUCUUAAAAAAUCCCUAAGAAAUUGCUUGGAAUGAGUCUCUGGACUCAGAGCCUCUCAAAUUGUCCACUUCAGGGGAGGACUGUCCUCAUUAGCACACAGAUGUUUGAAAACUGAUUGUCUUUCCAUGCCUCCUAUGUGUUCACAUCUCUGCAUACACUACACACAUAAGUGCAUAUUCAUUAAUAUAAACGUCUGGUAGGUAUUCUGUAAAACCAUGUUUACUUUAGUGCAUGUUAUUGUCAUGUUAUGAUGUGACAGGAGUGUUUGUCAUGAAACUUUGCUUCUUCACAGAAUUAGAAUACUGCUCUCUCUAUAUUGAAGUACAUAUGCAGCAUUUUCUUGUAUCAGCUCCCAAAGCCUGGAUGCCCAGUAUUGUGUUUACAUGUGAUUGUGCCUAGGAGUCUGUUCACAUAGAGACACCUGUAAGUAUUUAUUACAAAACAAAAUGUAAGCAAAUAUAUCCACAUUGGCUUUAAUUGAAUCAAGGUGUUUUUUUUUUCCUUUUGAGGAGGAACAGGGAGCCUUCUCCUCCAUGAGCACUUACGAAAUUGUGUAAAAUUCUGUGCACCAAGGGCAAGCAUGGGCGCCUGAUUUCAGCCCUCCUGCUGCCACUGCCCUCCCACCUGCUCUGUGUGUGUACAUCGCUGUGCUUGGUGGCAGUGUGCUGUGCUCAUGCCAGGCUCUUCCCAGCAGAUUCUGGUAUCUGGCUGUAAUGUCUGGUAUCUUUGUAUUGCCAUUCUGUGUUGAGGGGUGGUGUACAUGGCUGUACAGCCAGAUGGGUCUGUGUACCAGUGUGGGGAGUCCAAGAACACUGCCAGUCCCCCACAGCAAAUACUGAUGCUGUUGGUCAGCCAAAGAUUUUUCUCUUCUUUGCUGCUUAAACUUGUGCCUUAAUAUUGUACAUAAUAAAUGGAUAAAAUGGC